GACCAAGGUUUAAAACUAAAGGACACGGUAGCCUCUUCGAGAUGCAAAGUUUGAUGACGCUUUUCGGCAGAAAAUCAAGCAACUUCUACAAAUCACCUGUUGAAUUUGCCGUAUCCGGAGAAGUAUGCAGCACUGACGGCAGCGCAGCAAGCACAAUUUAGAGGAACCAGGUUCAUCCUUGACAAUGAAGAGUCAUCUAGAAUUGUGACAAUUCAAAGGAACCAGUUUCAUCGUUGGCAAGCAAAGAGUCAACCAGACUGUGGAAACCUUGCACGAAGUGUACAUCAAUUCCUGUGUCACAUACACACAGGAUAGUGACAUCUUUGGCAGGCAUCGAAUGCCCAAAGUUAACCGGUCGCACACGGCGAGACAAGUCAAAAAAAUUAACAAACUUAACGUGCAAGCAGGACGAGCAGCUCUCUAUUGUCAAGAUUUCAGCAAUAAUGCGUCCAGUUACCUCGUUGCUACUCUUACCGAUCUUGGCCUCCCUGCAGCAGCUGGCAACCGCCGCCGGAGACGCAGGCUGCCCGCAGGCGACAUGCGGGAACUUCACCUUGGCAUACCCGUUCUGGCUGGCCGGCCAGGGCCAGGACGUGUCAUCCUGCGGCCCGCCGGCGUUCCGGCUCACUUGCAACGUUAACGGCUCCGCGUCGGACGGCGCUUUCCUGGGAAGCUCCUACAUGAGGGUCCUCAGCAUCGACUACGGCAACCGCUCCCUCGUCGCCGUCCACACCCUCCUGGCCGCCGACACGACGUGCACCGUCCUGUUCAACAUGUCCUCCGCCUUCGCCAUCACGGAUAGGUUCAGAAUCAGCCGGAGAAACCGGGAGGCCUACAUGCUGUCCAGGUGCCAAGAGAGGCGGCCGCCGCCCGGUGCGGUCGCGGUCACCAACUGCACCGGCAAUAGCAGCGGCAUAUACGUGUACCUCGGGGGAAGCUACGACACGAGCCAGCCGCCGGCGAAUGGAGGGAGCUGCGAGAUCAGCAACUUUCCGGUGCUCGGGUCGGAGCCGGCGGCAGACAUGACGGCGGCCAAUUAUAGACGGCUCAUAAAGGGCGGGUUCUUGGUGGAAUGGGAGCCCGUCGGCGACUGCGACGCCUGCAAAGCGAGCGGCGGGCGGUGCCGCUACGAUGCCAGCACGGCGAACUUCGCGUGCCUCUGCUCGGACAGCAGCAUGCGCCCAUCGACUUGCGAUAAUAAUCAGAAUAGGAAGCUCAUUUUGGUAGUUUCUCUGUCUACUGCGGCUAGUUUGGUUUUCGCCUGCCUUGCUUACCUGAUGUACCGUCAGAAGCGAAAAAUCAUAUCAGCAGUCCGCAGAAUUUACUCUAGCAAUACAUCGAUCACAGAAGAAAUGUUAAGAGAAUGUGGAUCUCUUGCUCUGAAAAGGUACAUGUACUCGGAUCUGAAGAAGAUAACAAGAUCAUUCAAGGACGAGCUAGGAGAAGGUGGAUAUGGCGUGGUGUACAAGGGGAGCCUGCGAGAUGGCAAGAUAGUUGCGGUGAAGCUCCUGAAAGGAUCAAAAGGCAAUGGAGAAGAUUUUCUGAAUGAAGUUAUGAGUAUCGGCCGGACUUCUCAUGUUAACAUCGUCGGCCUACUCGGUUUUUGUUUGGAGGGGUCUCAUCGAGCGCUUGUCUACGAGUACAUGUCCAAUGGUUCCUUGCAGAAGCACAUUCACUCGGAGACCUCCAAACGUGCCAUCGGAUGGGAGACGUUCCAAAAGAUCGCGAUCGGUAUCGCACGAGGGUUGGAGUAUCUACACCAGGGUUGCAACACUCAGAUCAUCCAUUUCGAUAUCAAGCCUAACAACAUCCUUCUAGACCAUGAGUACUGUCCCAAGAUUGCAGAUUUUGGACUGGCAAAGCUGUGCCACCUCAAGGACAGCGUCCUUUCAAUGGCUGAAAUGAGAGGGACAGUCGGUUUCAUCGCACCGGAAGUGUUCUCCAGAGGUUUUGGAGUUGUAUCGACAAAGUCAGAUGUUUAUAGCUACGGGAUGAUGCUCCUGGAAAUGGUCCAGGAGAAGAAAAUAUUGAAAGGAAAUGCAGACAACUCUAGUGAAACAUAUUUUCCACAUUGGGUUUAUGAUCGUUUGGCGAGGGAUCUCCAUGGUUUUGAAGUCACACAUGGAACUGAAGAAGUUGUAAGAAAGAUGAGCAUGGUUGGAUUGUGGUGCAUACAAAUGACACCUGAAAGCCGCCCGUCCAUGAGCAGAGUGAUAGAGAUGUUGGAGAGGAACAUCGCUGAACUGGAAAUGCCGCCUAGGCCGUUCUUCUGCUCUUCCGAGUACUCGACAAAUGCUUCGUCUUAUGCAUCUGUCCAAGUCAUGAUGCCUUCAACAUGAUAUGCAUCCAGAUAUGGUGCAUGCUAAAUAUGCUAAGACUGCUCAUAGUGAGAGGAACAUAGCCAAGGCAUUUUUGUGACAUGGUAUGCUAAUAAAUGAAAAAGAAAACGUGAGAUGGUAACUAGCUAUAUGUUACCAUAAUAUCACACACCUCAAAGCAAGAUGAGUCUACAACAUAAUAAAUGAUAUAAUGAGUUAUUACUCACUAUAAAGGUACUAACAUAGAUUAGUAACAUGUACUACUAUGUUACUAGUCUAAGUUACUCCCCACUAUGAUCAGCCUAAUACAAUAUAUUCUAAUCAUACAUGUACUCUCGGUAGGUAUUUUGAGGUGUAUGAAUGUAAAUAACUGCUUAGUGGUCUUCCAAUUAAUGAUAAGCUUCAUUGUCGGA